AUGAUUACAUUGGGCUUGUAAUACAAUAAAAAUUUAAUUAUGCUCCAUACCUAAAAGUUAAUUGAACAACAAAUAAUCUUGAGGCUUCUAAAAUGUUUGAUUUUUCCUGAUCCCUGGCGAAUUAAAAAAAAAAAUUUAUUUGUUUUAUGCGACGCCAGCAGGCUUUAGUGGAAUAGGCAGAGACUGACACACUGGGCAAAAUUCAGAUUGUAAUUUAAUAUAUGGAGAAUACAGCUGUUGUUAGAAGCCUCCGCAAUAAGUUAUCAAAAUAAUUUCAGCAUCAGGCUGGCUAAGUAAAGUUGAGCAGGGUCAAAACCACCAACCCUUCAGUUUGUUGUAAUACGAAUUUAGUUUGCAAGUAAAUAAAAAAAAAAAAAAAAGAUAAUGAACAACGCAUCAAGUUCUAUGUAUCCUUUAUUGAGCGCUGGUGCGUCGACGUCUUUAGCAAUAUGUUUUGUGUUAAUUGCCACUUUUAGUAUUUUGUUUAACGCAGUUUUGAUAACCGUUAUACUGUCGGAGAAAAAGUUGCACACUAUGACAAGUAUUUAUAUAAUCAAUUUAGCUAUAGGCGACUUGCUUACAGCAAUAGCAGUUGUACCUUUUGAUGCUGAUUACAUGCUCAAGCAAAAUUUUCCGUAUGAUAAAAUACCAUGUGGAAUAAAGGAGAUAUUGUUUAUGGUUUCUUUACCAUCUUCAAUUAUUAACUUGUUAUUACUAACAUGUGAAAGAUUUGUUUCUGUAUAUUUUCCAUUUGAAGAAACUCGAUAUUUUUCGAAACGUAUCGUAUUUUUAUCAAUAUCUUUAAGUUGGAUUUAUUCAAUGAAUGUUGGUUUUUACCCUAUUUACAAAGACGGAAUUUCGGCCAUUAAAAUUAAAGAUAAAAGAUGCUAUAUGGAAUUUUCGCCCGCUUUUGCGUAUUACCACAUUAUAGUCAACUUUACAAUUCCUGUUUUAAUAAUAGCUGGCUUAAAUAUUUUUUUAUUUACCGUAGCCCAUAAGCAUCAAAAACAAAUCCUGAAAAUGGUUAUUAAUAACUCGCAAAAAUGUUCUUUUCAUGGUAACGUAAAAGCCGCAAAGACAAUUUUAAUGCUUUUUGGAAACUUUUUUGUAUGUUGGAUAAUUUACAUAUUGAUAGCGACAUCUCAUCUAUCGUGUCACCAGGAUAAUUGUCUCCCAAAAGAGUUGCCGUGGGUUAGCAAUGUCAUAAAUUAUUUAAGUAUUGUUUUGAAUCCUUUUAUUUACGGGUUGUUAAAUACUUGCAUACGUAAAGCUAUUCUUAAAAAUAUACACAAAGUUUUAAAUUUGUUCUGCAAAUCUCAACAAAUAAAAUGUAUAAAAGAAACAGAUUUGCAUUUGAUUGCUCCUUCUUAAUUUUUAAACAUCUGUAAGACGUUUCAUCAGAAAUCAUAUUAUCAAUAAAGAGGUUUCAUCAAACGAUAUAUUCUUUAAGACAGGAUGAAAAAGGUAACAUUAAUCGAAGUGAAUGUAUAUGCCGCUUCAUUAAUUACCAUUUUAAAUCAGAAAUCAAUCUAUUAAUAAUAAUCAUUCGUUAAAAAGUCUGAGUUAAAAUUUAAAAAAAUUUUUGUUUUUAUUUCUUAAUCUAUGGAACGAAAAGAUAUGAAAGAUAUUAUUACCAAAAUGGAUUAUAUGCAAGUUUUUGAUGUCGGAAAGAAUGAUUUCUAUACAAUUUAACAAUUAAAUAACGUUUUUGUAAAAGGAGCUAAGUCAUAUUUUACAUGUUUUAAAAAAAGUAAAAAAAGUAAUUAUCAAGCGAAGUAUAGUUUGCAGAGCCGUUUCUAGGAGGGGGCGUAGGGACGUAUCCCCUAUGAAAACAUUAUUCAAAAAUUAAUCGGCAAUUUAGGACCUGUAGUCGGCAAGUUCGGAUCUUUAGUCGACAUUUGGCAAAUGUCAGACAACGGGAACCUUUUAUUUAAAAGUUGUUUUUUUAGUAAAAUACAGAUACGUCAUCCCCAUCCCGCUUUUAAGAUCUCUUUGAGACGGCCCUUAUAAAUUAAACCUCAAAAAUUUUGUAAUCGUAAAUGAAAAUGAUAAACAUUUUUUUUGCUAAUACUAACAUAAAUAAAUUUGUACCUUUUUCAAUAAAGAAUCCAAGUAAAAAGAAAACUUUAUUUAGGAAAAAAUAGACUAAGCUCCCGUUUAUAAAAACGCUUUCUGAUUUUAUUUAGAUUUUAGGUUUUUUUCUUGUACUUAGUUGUAAAUGUGUUUAUAAUGUACGGCAACCGACAACUUUUUUUAA